UCAGGACGCGUGGACUAUCCGCAGGAAAACAAGCAGACAGUUAGACAGACAACCAGACAGUUAGACAGACAAGCAGACAGUUAGAUAGACAAGCAGACAGUUAGAUAGACAAGCAGACAGCGAAAGAGACAAACAGGGAGAGAGACAGACAGACAGAUAGAGACAGACAGACAGAGAGAGACAGACAGAGAGAGAGAGAGAAACAAGCAGAGAGUGAGACAGCUACAGGCGCGCGAGCAUGGUGGACAGCGUGUACCGGACCCGCUCGCUGGGGGUGGCGGCGGUGGGGCUGCCGGAUCAGUACGCGGACGGGAAGGCGGCUAAAGUGUGGCAGCUGUAUAUCGGGGACACGCGGCGGAGGACGGACGAGUACCGGAGCUGGCUCGCGGGGCUGCUCAGACAGCACAACUGCAUCCGGGUACUGGACGUAGCCUGCGGCACUGGAGUGGAUUCCAUCAUGCUGGUGGAGGAGGGAUUUAAGAUGUUCAGCGUGGACGCCAGUGACAAGAUGCUGAAAUACGCUCUUAAAGAGAGAUGGGAGAGGAGGAAAGAGCCAGCUUUCGACCAGUGGGUCAUUGAAGAGGCUAACUGGCUCACACUAUCAGAAGAUGUUCAGAAGCCUGGAGAUGGAUUUGAUGCUGUUAUCUGCCUGGGGAACUCAUUCGCUCAUUUACCAGACUUUAAAGGGGAUCAGAGUGAUCAGAAGCUGGCUCUGUGCAACAUCGCCAGCAUGGUGAAACCUGGAGGAAUUCUCAUCAUCGAUCACCGCAACUACGACUAUAUCCUCGAGACAGGCCGAGCUCCAGAAGGGAAGAAUAUUUAUUAUCAGAGUGACCUGAAACAAGACAUCUCCACAUCAGUGCUUUGGGUUAACAGCAAGCCCCACAUGGUCACGCUGGACUAUUCACUAGAGGUCCCGCAGGCAGAGGGAGCACACACACCACCUGAAACCAGUAAAUUCCGUUUGUCGUAUUACCCCCACCAGCUGGAGAGCUUCAAGGAGCUCCUGAAGGAAGCGUUCCUGGGAAAAUGUGAGCAGAGCGUAUUCGGUGACUUUAAGCAGCACAAGCCUGGCCAGGGAGAUGCUCCUCGCUACUUUAUCCACGUCGUUAAAAAGUCUGCUUAAAAACUUUUUUUUCCCUUUUCUUUCCGUUUAUUUUGAUGCUGUUGUCUUAUUUCUGUGGUGCUUUUCUUCCUUAUUUGCUGCUGUUCUCCACUCUCAAAGCCUUAAAAACUUAAAAAGUUGAGGCAGAAGACUGACUUAAAGAAUUCUGCUGCUCCAGAUUUCACAUGGGAACCCAAACAGUGCUGGGGUUAAAUUAUCAUAUGCUGGGAGAUAACAGGGAGCAAAUGCUCCUGUAUGUGUUUGUGCUACUGAAUGAUGGGUUUUGACCUCACAAAUCCAAAUUAAACUAAUCAAAUAUUUAUUACUAAGGCCAUAGUACACAGACACGCUGUAUGCCCCGAAGUUUAUGGACACCCCACCUAAUGAAUGACGCAUUCAGCUGCUUUACAUUGCACCCACUGCAGUUAUGAGCUAUUUAGACAGUUUAAAACCCAAGAACUGAGCUGUAGAGCAGAGGAAUUAAUUCUCUGGAAUGAUGAUGCUCCUUCUAAUACAUUUAGGAGAUUUAAAAGCAAGAUAAACUCUUUUUUUAACAUCCAAUACAGUACAAAACAAUAACUGAGCAGGUGUCUAUACAGUAUAUAUAGUGUUUAUGACCUGUUAAGCCAACUCUUCUUGGAAUGCCAACCCUAAGCCUUGAACUAAACUGGUAUAGUGCCUUAAUUCUACAUGCAUUCAUGCAUAAAUGUGCAAUCUUGUAUUCCUUAAACCUCUAAAACUAUGUGCCUUCAACUAUAACUGUUAGACAGGAGGUAUAAAUCCAGUAAAUAAUUUGUUUUUCAUGCUUUGUAAACUAGUACAUUUCAAAAAAUUCAAUUUAGUGCAGUCUCUAAUGCAUUUGAAAGCCAGAAAGCCUGUAGAAAGACCUGGGCUGUCUGAUCUUAUCCCUAACGGGCAGUGUGACUGCAGGUUUUAAUUCCAGCAAAGCAGAAGCACAUCUCAUCAGAUGUUUAAAGUCUAACUAAUGUAUUAAACUAGUGGAAUCAGGUCUGCUGCUGGUUGUUCAGAAUGAAAACCUGUAGCCACACCGGGAUUGGACACUCCACAACUUCUUACCCUCUUAACACUUAUUGUCCAAUUAGCUCUAAUGUUUUUAAAGAGUGUCCAAUCGUUUCUGCGCAGCACAUCUCAUCACAAUUGUAUAAAGAUGGACCAGUUGGUUUUAAACCAGGGGUUCUUAAGUUUUUCCGCAGUGCGACUCCUUUUUAGAGUUCAGAAAAUUGUUGCGAUCCCUCCCUUUCUAAAAAUAAAUGAUGGGCAAUGUUUCUUAUUAAAAAAUUAAAUCUUUUAAAAAUAAAACCUUACAAAAAUCUUUUUUUACAUGUGGAUUAGAAGGGAUCAGUAACUCCAAGUACUUUUAUCAUAUUUUCUUUGUUUUCUUUUGAGACUUCUGAUCAUUAUCUGUUGCAUUUCAGAUUCUACACACAUUAAUUAGCAUUACUCAUCACUUAGGGCCCCAUUGGGGGUCACAGUCUCCAGUUUCAGAAACCCUGAUGUGUGCUGCUAGCUGUAUGCUGAUAAGAUGCAGAGUAGGACACCCUGGUUUACAAUUGUUUGUCCUCAUCAGGCCUGUAAAUCAGUCCAGCAGGUAAGGUUCUGUGAGAUAUGUGAGAUUAUGAAAAGUUGGAGAACCUUUUGGCCUACAGAUCCACAGUGAGCUCCCAGACUCCACCUGUUGGACAGACUGUAGACUGUAGAUUGUAGAUUAUAGCAGUGUAUGCAGUUGCAUCAUACAGAAAUAUAUAGAUUUUAUUGCAUUCUUCACUGAAAACUGAAAAAGUUGUUUUUGCUGAGAUGGUUUUAAUGUUUAGUUGAAUGGAUUUUAGACUGUUUGUCCAGUCUGUUUGUUUGGCUGGAAUAGCAAAGUGCAAAGUUCACAAAGAUUUUGUACAAUAACUGAUUGUCCUUUAGUGACCUAUGAUGAAAGAAUGUAAAAAAACAAGGUACAUCAUUGCUGUCUCUAAAAAUACUUUUGGAGAAAAAACAGCAACAUUCUGCGUAUAUAGAAGUGUAUGUUUUACAGUCAUUUUUAUCAUACAUUUUUGAUAUGCUGUAAAUAACAACCCACAUUAUUUAGAUUAUGUUUUUUUUUUUUUGACAAUAUUCUACAUUAUAGAUUACUUUUAAAGACUUUUUAAAAACUAUCCAAAUAAAUUCCAAACUUUUAUAUUUUUGAUUUCCUGUUUAACACAUCCACUCACUGUCUGAAAGGCCUUCUUAAAUAACAGAUUACUUGAAUCAGUUGUGUCUAAAAUGUCUUAAAUGUUUUCUCCAGUAUACAUAAGACUUUACUCUGGCCUGGAACUGUUUAACCAUCCAAGAAGUUUUUUUUAAGCUGUCAAGGUUCCAUACAACCCCACUGUCUAUUUAAUAAAGAAACAUAAAAAAACAAACUUUUUUAUUUUUAACAGUAUAUGUUUAUAUUGCUUAAUAAACAAGAAUCUAGACUGCCAUGUGUCAAAACAUGCUUCGGCUUUAGGGGAAAAAUGCUAAAAUAAGUAAUGUCAGAAGGAAGAUCCCAAAGACUGCUUAUUUUUAUUUUUAUUGUGACUGUUUAUUUUUUUCUGAUUAUUUUGAGAACAAAAUAAAAACUUGUAAAUAAUAAACUGAGAAAAUCACUGUG